CCUUGGAGGCAGUCCUCUCGCCACCAGCAUUUUGUUGUUAAGAAGUCAAGAGGAGGCGUCCAAACACACACACACACACACACACACACACACACUCUAGAUGCUGCAUCAUUAGCCGGUGGUAUUGUUUACACCGAUGUUCGAUACGUAGGCACCGGGGCGGGAGAGGGGGAGAAGCUUCUCCAGUUGGUUCAGUGAUCACUCCCCGACAGCUCCAUCAAUGGCACCCCGCUGAAACCGCUAGCUGGAGAACCGCCAUGCAAAUAUACACAAAGCAGCUUAUUUCGGAUUGGUUCGUUGAUUACAGCAAUUUCGUAAAUAUGCGAUUCUCCCCGAAGCUGUGAAACGGCGCAAGAGAGGAUAACGCCGAAGAAAAUAAACAGACCGGUCGAAUUGGACCGCUAACCUCGCUGGAACGCUACAAAGAUGCCUGAGGUCCGGGACCUUUCCGAAGCUUUGCCAGAGAUGCCCAUGGACCCAAUCACUGGAGUCGGUGUCGUAGCCUCCAGGAACCGGGCCCCCACUGGGUAUGAUGUGGUCUCUACGACAACAGACGGCCUGGAUGCUGACUUGUGGAAAGAUGGCCUUUUCAAAUCCAAGGUGACCCGCUACCUUUGCUUCACAAGGGCCUUCUCCAAAGAAAAUAGCCAUUUAGGCAAUGUUCUCGUGGACAUGAAGCUGAUCGAUAUCAAGGACACUCUGCCUGUGGGUUUCAUCCCGAUCCAGGAGACUGUUGACACUCAGGAGCAGGCCUUCAGGAAGAGGCGACUCUGCAUCAAGUUUAUUCCACGGGACUCCACAGAGGCAGCCAUCUGUGACAUCCGCAUCCUGGGACGCUCCAGGCAGGCCCCCCCACAGUACACCUUUAUAGGAGAGCUCAACAACAUGGGAAUCUGGUAUCGCAUGGGGAACGUACAUCGGGCCCAGGACUCCACACAUACACCGACCACCAACAACAUCCAGAAUGUGAACUCCCCCUCCAGCUCAGCCCCAGUCCCAGCUGCUCCGAUGCCCAAACAUAUUUCCAUGACCCUCCCAGCCAGCUUCAGAGGGAAGACCACUACCAGACCAGACUAUGAGCACCAGAACUCCAACCUCUAUGCUAUCUCAGCAAUGGACGGAGUGCCUUUCAUGAUCUCUGAGAAGUUCGCCUGCGCCUCAUCCGAUCUGCAGCAGGUGGAUCUGAUGGGCAUUACAAUCAAGUCAUUGGCUGAGAUUGAGAAAGAGUAUGAUUACAGUUUCCGCACGGAGCACAGUGCAGCAGCUCGCCUCCCUCCCAGUCCCACAAGGACCUCCCUGAGCUCUGAGGCCUGAGGAUCCCCUCAGCAGGAGAGACCUAGAAACUACUGAGGACCUGCCCACAACAAACAGUCCCGAGAAGAUAACCAAAAAACUACUAGAUAACUACAAAAAUGAUUUCCCCCAACUUUUGGAAGAUGUUAUUGUCUCCAAGUAUUAGUUGUGUUGUUGAAUUGUAAAGGAAGGAAACAGGAAACGGAGAGAAAGAGACGGAACACUAAGGGGCUCUGGGUCUGGCUGAAGAAGCAGCCAUCUACAAUAACCGGUGAACUGGCUUUUCAGAGGAGAUGGAUACAUUUUCUUUUCUCAAAGCAACGGGAGAGUGUUGUUGCCUGCAAUACAAACAACCGUGUCCGACCUGAAGGACUUGUUACAUACAAGAUAAAAGGAGGCUUCACUCCGACGGGAGGGCACCCCGGUUCAUUAGUCGGGAAUACAGAAGGAAAUAUAUCAUGUAAGCGGGAUUCAGUUUUCAAGCUUGCACUGCUUACCUAGAAGGGGAAUGAUUCUCAUUGUUCUCUUGAUGUUACUGUUAAUAUACUGGCGUGACUGUGAGUGCACUUUGUGUUUGGGAAUUUCAGUGUGCUUCCUGUUUGCCACAGAUGUUCUGUUAACCACUCCUCCACUGUCUGUACAGAGCCGAGCUCGGCUUCAAUAUAGAACCACUGUUACUGUUAAUAGGUUACACUGCUGGACCUCACGCACCACUAUUAGGAUUUAUUUUCAACCAUUGCUAAUGUAUCGUCUGCCUUUUUUUGGUAUUAUUUGAGUUUUGGUACCAAUACCAUACUUUUCUCAAUACGUUAAUUUGAAUUACUUGCACACAAACGUAAAAAAAACAAAUCAUGGAAAGGGGAACAGCUCGUUUUAUCUUCAACGCACAAAAAUAAUCCAUAAAGAAAACUACAGCUCCCACUGAAAUCCUCUUGAGCUUAUGGGAAAUUGUGUUUGCCGCAAUUGUUUUUUUAAUGUCAUUAACGGUCAACAGUUGUCAUUACUCUGUGCUACUGACUCAUUCCGGACCGUACCAAAAGAAGGAAUCACGGUUUGAUACCCAGCCCUAGUUUCUUUACACCAUCAGAACUAUCUUUAUUUUAAGUAUAAGGUUUAAAGGUGCUAAAUGUGAUAUUCAGAGCAUUAAUACAGCAUCAAACAACUCUCUGCUUUGUAAACAGAGUAAUGUCUAGCUCAGUCGCUCCCUCUCCGAGUUUCUCUGUGCUUGGUUUGGAUAGCCGGGCCAGCUGAGCGUGCAUGUGAACGUGUUCUUGACCGCCGCUCUGCAUUGCUACAGCUGAUAACAGCUCUGGCUUUUGCAUUGAGCACCUUUUAAUAGAGACGUCACAGUGAAAGUGUUACACAUUGUUCUUCACGCAAGGCAAAAGUGCUCUUUUUGUUGUUGAGUAUAUCGGUUACACGUUAAAAACCUUUGUGCCUACAGUGCAUAUUUAUCCUCUGUAACAAAGCUACAUCUGUAAUUCAGCUUUUUUUCUUGCUAACGUUUAAAGAAACUUGUCUUUUAGCUUGAAUCUGUUUUAGAAGUUGUAUAACUUGAAUUAGCAGUUCUAUUUUUAACUCGUUUGAACUCAGAACCACUAGAGUACAGUUCUUUGUGACAGAUUAAAAACUAACCUUCAGGAUAAUUGUGGCCCAGUGUUAACCUGUAAUCCCAAUAUUUUAUUGGAUUUUAUCCAAUAAAACAAGAGAAUACUGGGUUUUGUUACCCAAUAGCUUUUUACAUACACGAACAAACAAGAUACUUUUACAGUGUAGAAUUCAGCUCAUCAGUGCCCUCUGGUGGACAAACUGUAAUGAAGACACUUUCUUUACGACUUCAAACACAUAUUUAACAUUUCUGUACCGACAUUCCUCACAGGCAAUCGCAUGCAUAUACCAGAAAUUCUCAAGGGCCUCCUUUCUCUUGUAUUACAAAUAUAUUUGAUUGUGUAUUGUUUUCAGGUGUUUUAAUUGGCUUUAAAUUAACUCUCAAACCUUCCUCCGCGUUCACUUAUUCUGAUGAUUUCAGCACCGAUUCCAACAGGAAGUUGAGCUGCUGUCAGUGUUCAGAGGGCUGCGUCCUCUUGGUUCAGUCGGCCUUCAUGUGACACCAUCUUCUGCUCAUUGAGACGUUACUCCUAAAUUCACUCCAAAUAUUAAUAUGAAGAAUGUUUCCUUUGUGCAUAUGCAGUAUUGUGGAAGCACCAAGGAUUUUGGUGACCCUUUUUUUCAUUUUGCUUGUUUCGUUCCGUUUGUUCAAAUUGUCUCAACUUUACAAAGUCAUAACUCCUUUUUUUAAAUUUUUUUUUAUAUAUAUAUAUUUUUGUGCGUCUAAUUUAUUUGUCAUUUCAGUAUCGUGACAGUGUUCUCCUCCAGGCUCUCUGUUCAGAAAUGUAACGUAUAAAGUCGUCUCUUGCACUGCCGACACGUCCAUGUGGAGCUCCGUGUAUUUGAGCUGAGUGUAUCCGCCUGCUACACGUAUCAUUUCUCAGCUGUGGUGUUAACUCAAACAUUUAAUGGCUAACUAAUAUUGUGUCUGCAUUAACAAAUAACAAUACUGCUUUGAUAUGUCUGUUAUUUUGCAUGUACAGUGACAUGAGGUUUCAAUAGGACAGUUAUUUUUCUAGGUUAGUGAUGAAAAGGUCACAGAUUUUGUCUCAUGAAUAGAUUUGAUCCACUAAAGAAUGAACAAAACCGCAUCAGUUGAAUUUGUAUUAUAAUGAAGUUUUAUUAAACUAUGAUGAACGGG